AUGUGGCAACUUAUUCCAUACGCCGUGCUCCGCCAUCGGACCGCCUACUUUCUCCAACCGGCUAGCCUAGUCCCGGAACUGUUUAAUUUCAUGUCUGGACCUCCACGAGUGAGAUCGGUGAAUUUCACUGAGUCGGAAACGAGGCCGGUGCUCGGGCCAGCCGGAAAUAAAGCUAGAUCCAUGGAUUUGCGAAAGCCCAUUUCGAAACCCAACUUCGAGAAAGUCGUGAAACCCCAAGACAGUGACGAGCCCGAGGGGAAAAUGUCUCCAGCAACUACCGAAACUGAACAAUCAUCUCCUGUCAUGGGUUUUAAGAGAAAAAAUAAAAGUGCAGCCUCCGUUUUGAGGACUCGGCAGCCAAAUUUGUCACUGAACGCUUCAUGUUCUUCUGAUGCGUCCUCGGAUUCUUCGCACAGCCGGGCUUCCACGGGGAGGAUUAGCCGGCAGAGCUUCACCCCUACUGCACCAAUUAGAAGGAAGCAGCAAUGCAGCCCGAAAAGUGACAAAGUUGAAAAAAUCUCUGGGGUUGACAGUGAUGGUACAGUGAUGGAAGGUUCAGUGGCCAAGAAGAGGUGUGCCUGGGUGACUCCCAAUACAGAUCAAACUUAUGCUGCUUUUCAUGAUGAGGAGUGGGGAGUUCCAGUCCACAAUGAUAAGAAACUUUUUGAAUUGCUGAGCUUUUCUACUGCGUUGGCUGAACUAACUUGGCCCGUCAUUCUUAAUAAAAGGCAUAUAUUUAGAGAAGUCUUUGUGGACUUCGAUCCGAUUGCAGUCUCAAAAUUGAAUGAGAAGAAGAUAGCAUCACCAGGAAGUCCUGCAAGCAGUCUUCUGUCAGAACUAAAGCUUCGAUCAAUUAUAGAAAAUGCACGUCAAAUUUGUAGGAUAAUAAAUGAGCUUGGGUCUUUCGAAAAAUACAUUUGGAGUUUUGUGAACUUCAACCCCGUAACAGGUAAUUUUCGCUACCCGCGACAGGUUCCAAUCAGGACAUCGAAAGCUGAUACCAUAAGCAAAGAUUUGGUGAAGAGAGGAUUUCGAGGAGUUGGGCCUACAGUGGUUUACUCAUUUAUGCAAGCAGCCGGAAUCACAAAUGAUCAUCUCAUCAAUUGUUAUAGAUAUCAGGAAUGUAUAGCUGAAGGUGGUGUGUGGGAGAGGGACGAGGGCCUAAAGGCGAAGAUUGAAGAGAAACAACCCGAAGACGUUGCUGAAUUUGAGCUAGCUAGAGCUAUCGAUGACUUUAGUUUAUUGACUUAG